AUGAGUGGUCGAAGACGGUCGCGCCGUCGGAAUUCCAGAAGUGCAUCACCCAGCGAAGGCUCGAGUCCAACUUCCUCGCAGAGAAAAGUGGCCACCGUUGUAUCAGUAGCACUCGCGAACGUCGAUUUGAGCGAUCAAGACUCCGUAGAACGGCACGCUCGCGGUAUUGGCUCCACGGCAAUUACAUAG